UCAGGUAAAAAAAAAAAAAAUCCAACUCGAAAUCACUGGAUGCAUAUCAAUAGCCGAUUUUAAUUUUGAUUUUGAUUUUGAGAGUGUCUUUGGUGUGUGAAGGUGAGUUUAGUUUAAUUAUAAAAAAAUUUGGGAAGAUAAUCAAUUGGAGUGGACGAGCUUAGAUCAAUCAUCAAGGCCUGAACGUGAGUGAAGCCAUUGCUCUCGAUCAAGGCCGUACACAUAGGCUUCGACAACAACUGCUAAGGCCAACUACUUUCGGACCACCUCCGUUAAUCGCCGGCUUCUGCUUCGGUGCCAUGAUCGUCUCCUUCCUCCUCGUCGCUUUCCUCAGUCAUUAGCUGUACGCCAGAGAACACAGCCAUUGGUUCAUUCCCCAGUUAUAUAUAGAAGGGAUAGCCGGAUUAGAAUUCUGGAGUCCAUCCUUAUUCCCAUGACUUUGAUCAGCUUUGAGGCCUAGCCGUGACUAAAACAACGUUGUUUAGUGAAGAAAGGCGACGGAAAAAUGGUUCACAGUGCCUAUGAUUCAUUUGGGCUCCUUACUGAUUGUCCAACCAAGAUUGAAUCCAUCGAAUCAUAUGGUUCAAAGCUCCUUCUCGGGUGCUCAGAUGGAUCACUUCGAAUCUACGCUCCUGAAUCUUCCGGUUCGGAUCGUUCUCCAACAUCUGAUUACCAUACUCAGGUCUUAGAGCUAAGAAAGGAACCAUACGUACUGGAGAGAAAUGUGGCUGGUUUCUCAAGGAAACCUUUGGUAUCAAUGGAGGUCUUGGAAUCAAAGGAGCUCCUUUUGUCUCUCUCAGAGUCGAUUGCAUUUCACAGGCUUCCAAAUUUGGAGACUGUUGUUGUACUAACCAAGGCUAAAGGUGCAAAUGUGUAUUCAUGGGAUGAUCGCAGAGGGUUCUUGUGCUUUGCCAGGCAAAAAAGGGUUUGUAUAUUCAGACACGAUGGGGGACGAGGGUUUGUGGAGGUGAAAGAAUUUGGGGUUCCGGACACGGUGAAAUCGAUGUCCUGGUGUGGUGAAAAUAUAUGUUUGGGGAUUAGAAGAGAAUACAUGAUACUCAAUUCUACAAAUGGGGCGCUGUCUGAGAUUUUUCCUUCGGGCAGGUUAGCUCCACCUUUGGUGGUCUCCUUGCCUUCUGGGCAACUCCUUCUUGGGAAGGAUAACAUUGGAGUAUUUGUGGACCAAAAUGGAAAGCUUCUUCAAGAAGGCAGGGUUUGUUGGUCAGAGGCUCCCUCAGUUGUCAUCAUUCAGAAGCCAUAUGCAAUAGCCUUGUUACCAAGAUUUGUUGAGGUUCGAUCUCUUCGGCCUCCAUACCCUUUGAUACAGACUGUUGUGCUUAGAAAUGUCCGUCGUCUUCUCCAAAGCAACAAUUCUGCAGUUGUUGCAUUAGACAAUGCUGUUUAUGGUCUCUUCCCUGUACCUCUUGGUGCACAGAUUGUACAACUGACAGCAUCUGGUAAUUUUGAGGAAGCUUUGGCAUUGUGUAAGCUACUUCCACCAGAAGAUGCAAGCCUAAGAGCUGCAAAAGAGGGAUCAAUUCAUAUAAGAUAUGCUCAUUAUCUUUUUGAUAAUGGGAACUUUGAGGAGGCCAUGGAACAUUUCUUAGCUUCUCAAGUAGAUAUAACAUAUGUGCUUUCGUUAUAUCCAUCAAUUGUUCUUCCAAAGACAUCCUCUGUUCCCGAGCCAGAGAAGUUAAUGGACAUGUCUUUGGAUUCAUCACAACUGUCAAGGGCUUCGUCAGAUGUGUCGGAUGACUUGGAACCUUAUCAUGCACCACAUCUUUCAGAUUCUGAUGAGAGUGUGGCACUUCAGUCCAAGAAAAUGAGCCAUAAUACUCUCAUGGCACUGGUGAAAUUUUUGCAAAAGAAGAGAUAUAGCAUAAUUGAGAAGGCCACUGCCGAGGGAACAGAAGAGGUUGUUUUAGAUGCUGUUGGAGACAAUUUUGCUUCUUAUGAUUCUAGUCGGUUUAAGAAACUAAACAAGGGGCGUGGUUACGUCCCCUUUAGCUCUGGUGCACGAGAGAUGGCAGCAAUACUUGAUACAGCAUUACUUCAAGCUCUGCUUCUUACUGGACAAUCUCUUGUAGCUUUGGAGUUAUUGAAAGGUCUUAAUUACUGUGAUGUAAAAAUAUGCGAGGAGAUUCUCCAAAAAUGUAAAAAUUAUACUGCUUUAUUGGAGCUUUACAAGAGCAAUUCAAUGCACCACGAAGCUCUGAAGCUUUUGCAUCAAUUAAUAGAAGAUUCAAAAUCCAAUGAAAGUCCAUCUGAACUAACACAAAAAUUCAAGCCUGAAUCUAUUAUUGAAUAUCUCAAGCCUCUCUGUGGGACUGACCCCAUGCUUGUACUAGAAUUUUCAAUGCUUGUUCUGGAAAGUUGUCCAACACAGACAAUUGAGCUAUUCUUAUCAGGAAAUAUUCCAGCAGACUUGGUCAACUCUUAUUUGAAGCAGCAUGCUCCAAACAUGCAGGGCACAUAUUUGGAGCUUAUGCUUUCAAUGAAUGAAAAUGGAAUCUCUGGCAAUCUGCAAAAUGAAAUGGUACACAUUUAUCUCUCAGAAGUACUUGAAUGGUAUUCGGAUUUAAGAACUCAACAGAAUUGGGAUGAGAAAACUUACUCUCCAACUCGAAAGAAAUUAUUGUCUGCAUUGGAGAGUAUUUCAGGAUAUAACCCCGAGUAUUUGUUGAAACGUCUCCCUGCUGAUGCUCUCUAUGAAGAACGUGCUAUUUUAUUAGGAAAAAUGAAUCAGCAUGAGCUGGCCUUGUCUUUGUAUGUGCAUAAGCUUCACGUCCCUGAUUUGGCUCUAUCCUACUGUGAUCGUGUGUAUGAGUCAGUGCCUCAUCAACCAUCUGCAAAGUCAACUGGCAAUAUAUACCUCACUCUUCUGCAAAUUUAUCUUAAUCCUCAGAGAACGACCAAAAACUUCGAAAGGCGUAUAACAAAUUUUGUAUCUCCUCAGACUACAAGUAAUCCUAAGGUUGGUUCUGUGCCUUCAUUUAGACAUAGAGGUCGUGCAGCGAAGAAAAUUGCUGAGAUUGAGGGAGCAGAGGACAUUCGAAUCAAUCAUAGUAGCACUGACAGUAGCAAGAGCGAUGGAGAUGCCGAUGAAUUUAAUGAGGAAGGAAGUUCUACUAUUAUGCUUGAUGAGGUCCUUGAUUUGUUGAGUCGGAGAUGGGAUAGAAUCAAUGGAGCUCAGGCCCUCAGACUUUUACCGAGGGAAACUAAACUACAGAACUUACUUCCAUUCCUUGGACCCCUACUCAAGAAAUCCAGUGAAGCUCAUCGAAACUUCUCUGUGAUCAAGAGUUUGCGACAAAGUGAAAGCCUGCAGGUUAAAGACGAGCUUUACAACCAGAGGAAAGCAGUUGUGAAGAUUACCAGUGAUAGCAUGUGCUCACUCUGCAACAAGAAAAUAGGGACGAGCGUUUUCGCUGUCUAUCCCAAUGGAAAAACACUAGUGCACUUCGUUUGCUUCAGGGACUCGCAGAGCAUGAAAGCCGUGGGUAAAGGGUUGCCACUGCGGAAGCGAUAAGUGACCGAAACCCAUGUUCUCUUCUCUUUGGUUUUACCCAAGUUUUGCUUUGCACUCUGCUGUUCUGCUUCUGUGUGGAUAGAGUCCGGUUAGCACGUCGUUUGGGAUUGAGGCUUUUGAGUUAUUUUUUACAUAAUUUUUCUGUAAAGUUUGUAAUUUUAUUUAUUUAUUGAUUGUGACUCAAGAAAGUGCAAAUAUUUUGUAUUUAUUUUAAUAGAGUUUGGGCAAGCUUGAGCCAA